GAGAGUUUCACACUUUGUUUAGUAGGGGAAGUUUGCUUUCAAACAAGAUUGAUUGGAAGGAUUUGGGGGCUCCCAAAAUAAAAGAGGGAGCUGCCUAUGACUCAUGGGUCUGAUGUUAUUCAUCCUCUGCCUUGGCAUCUGGAUAGGUUUCUGGAGGAAGUCAGUGGAUGUCUCUGGAAAGAAUGUAAAAAAGAGCAAACCAUUAAGGAAGAAUUGGUCUGAUCCAAUGGAAAAUGCCUCCAGUUCCUCAGUGUUCCUGUCCACCUUGUCUGAAGGAGAAGACCUUAUUUUCGGAACUCUGUACUCACUCUUUGGUGUAGUGUCCCUCUUUGGAAACUCUCUCCUCUUAUUGGUAGCGUUUCGGAAGAGGGCCAUCCUGAAACCUGCUGAGUUCUUUAUCGUGAACCUCGCCAUCAGUGAUGUGGGCAUGACUGUGAUCCUCUUUCCACUGGCCACACCAUCCUUCUUUGCACACAGGUGGCUGUUCAACCAUGCCAUGUGCACCUUCUAUGCUUUUUGUGGAGUUCUCUUUGGCCUGUGCAGUCUUACCAGCCUGACAGCUCUCAGCACUGUUUGCUGUAUGAAAGUCUGUUAUCCAGCAUAUGGUAACAAGUUCUCUCCCACCUAUGCCAGUGCUCUCCUAGGAUGUGUCUGGGUUUAUGCUCUCAUCUUUGCCGUGGCUCCGCUAGCUGACUGGGGCAGUUAUGGGCCAGAGCCCUACGGGACAGCUUGCUGCAUCAAGUGGAAAGCAUCAACUCAAGAAGCCAAGUUCUACAUCGUGGCCCUCUUUGUUUUCUGUUACAUCAUCCCCUGCCUGCUGAUCCUCAUCUCCUACUCACUCAUCCUUUGGACUGUGAAGGUCUCCCAAAGAGCAGUGAAGCAGCACAUGUCACCCCGGAAGAAAGCCAACAGUGUCCAUAGCCUGAUUGUCAAGCUCAGUGUUUCAGUGUGUAUUGGAUUUCUGGCUGCUUGGACCCCUUAUGCCAUUGUUUCCAUGUGGGCUGCCUUUGGUGACGCCAGUCAGAUUCCAGUCCUGGCAUUUGCGCUCUCUGCUGUCUUUGCCAAGUCCUCGGCAACCUACAACCCUCUGGUGUAUCUGCUUUUCAAGCCCAACUUCCAGAAGUUCCUUUCCAAAGACCUGUCCCUGUUGCAGGCCGUGUGUGCCGUCUUCUGCUGCAGCCGGCCCAGAGUCAUCGCCCUCAAGUCUUUCCACACCCGGGACGGGAGGGCUUCCAUGCGAUACUCCACGGCUUUCACCGACCACCGGGGAUCCUGCAGGAACUGCACAGACACGUUUGAAUGUUUCCGGAAUUAUCCACGUUGCUACAGGCUCUCCCAGAAGCCUGACUCUGCCUCCAAGACCAACCCCCUGGCGAUUCUGACGGAUGGAAGUGCUUGCCGGCCAAGCCUGAAGCGAACCGUGCAGGUCAUGGUGCUCGUGACGAAGAAGAAGACAGGGAUGGGGACUGUGAAUGUGGUGGGUGAUGUUUUGCCAUCCAGUAUUGCAAGAGACCUGAUGUAAGCAUGGCGAGAAGGGGCAAGGGUUCUGAACAGAGGUGGAAAAAGUUGUUUUUUGGGUGAUAACUCCCAGCAUAGCCAUAUUAACUGUGGCAUUCUGGAAAUUGAAAUCCAAAACAAAAGAACCACCAUUUCCCACCUCUGCUUCAGAGGCAGGGGUAAUCCAUCUUCUGCCUAGACCAGAUACAUUUAUUUGGUAUCAAUCUAAAAAUCCAUCUUUGGUCCAUAUGUUUAGUGGUUCCCAAAGUGUGCUUUGCAGGUUGGAGAAUACUGCAAAACUUACACCAGCAUUCCCCCCCCCCUUCAAACAUCCUCACCUUUAUUUAUUUGUUUGUUUGUUUGUUUGU